GAACUUCGUUCCUCCUUUAUCCAAUCCCCUCUUCUUGUUCGGUAGCGAUGCCUCCCAAAAGGCGUAGACAAAGGCAAAUGUCGGUCGCCUCGAACGUCGACGAGGCUGACGAUAGUUCAUCGGAGCUGGCACCUGACAAGAAGAAAGUACGAUGGAAGGGAAGCUCGAGACAAUCGAAUGACGACGAUGAAGACAGUAGCAGUGGUGAGGAAGAGGAAAAUUCGACGACUUCUGAGCAGAUAUGCCUGGCGGCAUUUUGUACCCACGGCCGUGUGGGCGUCGCGUACUAUGAGCCGGUCAAGGGUGUCAUACAUGUGCUCGAAGACACUCAGGAAACCGUUCACUUCGAUUUGACACGCUUGCUCCUCGAGCAGAUCCAGCCAGACAUCGUGUUGACCAGUUCAAAAUCCGAGGACGCGUUCAUUGAUGUACUCAGGGACCAUAGUAAUAUCUUCUUCCCUUUAUUCUGA